GGAGAAGGAGGAGGAAGAGGAUGCUGCGCGCCUUGGUGGCGGUGUCCCUGUGGCUGCGGGUGAGCCCGCGGGCGCAGGGCGCGCCGUGCGAGGCGGUGCGCAUCCCCAUGUGCCGCUCCAUGCCCUGGAAUAUCACCCGCAUGCCCAACCACCUCCACCACAGCACCCAGGAAAACGCCGUCCUCGCUAUCGAACAGUUCGAGGAGCUGGUGGCCACCGGCUGCAGCCCGGUCCUGCCCUUCUUCCUCUGCGCCAUGUACGCCCCCAUCUGCACCCUGGAGUUCCUCUACGACCCCAUCAAGCCGUGCCGCUCCGUGUGCCAGCGCGCCCGCGACGGCUGCGAGCCCAUCAUGCGCCGCUACAACCACAGCUGGCCCGAGAGCCUGGCUUGCGACGACCUCCCCGUCUACGACCGCGGCGUCUGCAUCUCCCCGGAGGCCAUCGUCACCGACGUGCCGGAGGAUGUGAAGUGGACGGACUUCACACAGGGCUUUAUGGUGCCGGACAGACCCCUGGAGCCUGACUGCAGGAGCCGCGGCCAGGGUGAGCCUCGGAUGACCCCCCGCCUCCACCUCCCCGCAGAUAGGGUCCCUCUGACACCCCUCAACCUUUCUCCUUUCUCUUCCUUUGAAGAGCGGUGCAGGUGCAAAAAGACAAAGCCUACGCUGUCAACCUACUUGGCCAAGAACUACAGCUACAUCAUUCACGCUAAAGUAAAAAGCGUUGAAAGAGGGAACUGCAAUGAGAUAACGACUGUGGUUGAAGUCAAAGACAUACUCAAGUCUUCAACGCCAAUUCCUCUGUCCCAAGUGCCUCUUCUUACAAAUUCCUCCUGCCAGUGCCCGCCUCUUCAACCAAAGCAGGAUGUUCUCAUUAUGUGCUAUGAGUGGCGCUCAAGGUUGAUGCUUCUUGAUGGAUGUCUAGUUGAAAAAUGGAAGGACCAACUAAACAGAAGAUUUAAGAGGUGGGAACAGAGACUCCAAGAGCAAAAGCGGCGAACUGCGCGCAGUAAGAACCAGAAUUCAGGACGCAGUGGUCAGAGUGGAGCCCUGAAACCACAAACCAAGAACACCAAUCCACUGAUCAGUGGCCCCAAAAAGGCCAAUAAAAUAAGAAAUGGCCAGAAAGAAAUCAACCCAAAAAAAGUAUGAGUGUGAAAUUCCCAAAAGGAAGGACUUUCCAUGCACGACAAGGGUCACAAUCUGGCUUGGUCAGCAUGUUUUAUUAAUCUGGAACUCAUUGACUUAAAAAAUCCUGUCAGUUUCUACAUAGACCUUUUUGCUGCACUUUACUGUUACAAGGUUUGCUUAUCCUUUCAAGUCACUGCAAGCCAUAGAGCAUAGGUUUGCACUUAUUUGAGGUAGGCAUAUUCCAGCUGACUGAGCUUUAUCUUUGGGCUCUGAUUUCCCAUCUAGAUAGAGGUAGCCUUGGCUGCCAGAGGUUUUGACUCCUUGUACCAGUUGCCUAGUCUGCUUCCUUGCCAGAUGCUGGAGAGCUGCAUGGAGUUUCUCCUCAGCUGGUGUAGCAUUAGUCUGUGAGUUAAUCUGUGAAUUCAUUGAGAGCUCACUAGACUCAGCAGCUGAGCAGCAGCAGAAGGAUGGUAACCUCUGGCAGAUAUCUCAGGCAGCAAUGACUGCAGCUGCUGGAGCUGAACCUAUCUUCUGUUUGGAAUCACAGCCCUUGUUCAGAAUGUUCAAAACCAUUAAGCAUUACCAUUAAGCAUUUGGGUAUGCAUUAUGUGAUUAUUUUUAUUUGUGUGCCGAAAAUAUUCUUACAGUGAUAGUAUUUGAUUUUGUGGAUUUGUGUAGUAAAAAUGCAUACAAAGCAGACAUUUAAUUUUUUAUUGUACUUCAGGCUGGCUUCUGUUGUUCUAAUUUCAGAUAUAUUUAAACAUCUAAUUGAAAAAUCCAUAUUGUUUUGAAAGGACAGAUUAAAGUGAACAGAUCUGUAGACUUCUUAAAAGUAACACAUUUGCUGUAAUAUAGCUUAGCUAUGAAAACUGGAAUAGAAGCUUUAUUCUAAAGAUAACUGACAGCUACUGUACAGUAUUAAGGAGAAGACAGGGCUUCAAAUGGCUCAGUAAUCUUUUGGAUAACUUUUUAUCAUUUGAUACCAUAUUUCUAACCUUUCUCUGAUUAAAUAAAAAAAAAA